UUUUUUGAAAUUUUUUUAUAUCACAGACUGGUACUUACCGGUAUUAUAAUUUUAUUAUCACAACAUAGAAAUUUAUAAAGCAUUUGAUUAACUUUACUCUCCUUUUCUAAAGAGACGAACUAUUUUUUUUUUAUUUUCCUCCCCGACUUGACCAAAAAAAAAUUUUUUUUUCCGAGGUUAUUAAUUAGCUGUUAAGCACGCUAUUUAUUGAAUAAAAAGAUAAAUUACUACUUCGCGUUUUGCGCGUCAUCUAACCAAAGGAAUUUAAUAUAAAAAAGACCAUUUAACCUUUUUAAAAAGAAAAAUCAGCUGUUUUGAACUCAACCUUUUUACAUUAAGUUAUUUAUAUUAUAACAACUUAAUUUAGUAUAUAAGUUUUUCUUUUACAAGGAUGACCUCCCUCUUUCCAAACAAAAAGAAAGAUAAGACGGUUAACGGCAACAAUACUAAUGAGACUGUCAAUGGACCAAGUUCUGAGACUGCAAACUUUCCUAAUACUUUGUCAAACGGCAACCAUCAAACAUAUCAAAGUGAAGGAAAUGAUAAUGAUAGCGGAACUCAGCAACCAUUAACAGUACGACAGCCGACUUCACCUAGACAGCCGCAAACUACACAAACGCAGCCUAGUUAUAUCCAAAGACCUUCAUUUGGCCUGAUCGAUUUUAUGUUAUUAGAAACUUUAGGAACUGGAACCUUUGGUCGUGUGUUUUUGACCAAAUUUAAACACACAGAAAAUUAUUAUGCAAUGAAAGUAUUGAAAAAAGUUGAAGUUGUACGGCUCAAGCAAGUUGAACACAUUAAUUCUGAAAAGUCAAUUCUUAGUCAAGUUCAUCAUCCGUUCAUUGUGAAUUUAUUUUGCACAUUUCAGGAUGAUCGAAAUUUAUAUAUGCUAUUGGAAUAUGUCAUUGGUGGAGAGCUUUUCUCUCACCUGCGGAAAGCUGGGAGAUUUACGAAUGAUAUGACCAGAUUCUAUGCAGCAGAAAUUGUUCUUGCUAUUGAGUACUUACAUUCUAACGAUAUUAUCUAUCGAGACCUUAAACCCGAAAAUCUGUUAUUAGAUUCAAGAGGUCAUGUUAAGAUAACUGAUUUUGGAUUUGCAAAGAGAGUCGAGGAUCGUACCUGGACAUUAUGUGGAACACCUGAAUAUCUAGCACCAGAAAUUAUUCAAAGUAAAGGCCACGGAAAGCCUGUGGAUUGGUGGGCACUAGGGAUCUUAAUAUUUGAAAUGCUAGCAGGAUAUCCACCAUUUUUUGAUGAUAAUCCAUUUGGUAUUUAUGAAAAAAUCCUUGCGGGCAAAAUACAAUUCCCAUCACAUUUUGACCCAAAUGCAAAAGAUCUUAUUAAACGUCUCUUAACAUCUGAUCGUACAAAACGUCUUGGUAAUCUCCGCGGAGGAAGUGAGGAUGUAAAGAAACACAAGUGGUUCCGAGGUGUUGAUUGGCAAGGCUUGUAUGACAGACGUGUAACAGCUCCAAUUGUUCCACCAUAUCAACAUCCCGGUGAUACUGGUAACUUUGAAAAAUAUCCAGAACCUACAGAAGAUAUCGGUGAUCUUGGUAGAGCUACGUCAGGUGCUGAUCCAUAUCGGCAUUACUUUACAAAUUUUUAAUUUACUUUUAGAGAUGUAAAAUAAUACGACAUUUUUUAAUGAGAGAAAGACUGAAACGAAAAUAUAAGCAUACAAAGGCAAUAGCUAUGUUGCGUAUAUGAAAAUUUUAUUAUUUUAUUUUACAAAUAUUUUUUUAUGGUAUUUACUCAGCAUCCUAUUAUUUUGUCUUGUUUAUUCCCCAUUAGUUUCUCUUAAUGGAAUGUUCGUAUAUUAUAUCUCCAUUUAGUUAAUUUAGUUAUAAUAUAAAUUGAUCAACUUUGAUUCUUACUACUUUUAUUAUUGAUAACUUUAUCCAAUAAUGUUAAUCAUUUUGUUA